AUGUCAUCUGCUGGAACGCCAACGCAGCACAAUUCUACACUGGCGAUUUCGCCGUUUGUGACCGGAAGGUCUAGUACUCGCACAAAUGCUUCGCAUUCUCAGCGACAGCAGGCUCCAGGCCAACACAGACAAUUCGAAGGAAAUGAUCAGCAUGGAGGUCAAGAUUGGAAUACUGAAGGAAUGGCAAGAAGCCCAGUUUUCCAGGGAAUAGCUAAUAGUCCGUUGGUUCAAAAGACAAAUCCUAAUAUUACAACGAAUUCGUUGGCUACUCCGCACCAUAGGAACGCUGGAAAUAACGGUAGUAGUUUGCUGGCAUCUAUAUCGAAAAGCGGUCUGUUUGGUUCGACUAUGCCUUCGACUCUGCGUAAAGUGAGUCUUCAAAGGGAAUAUAGAAAUCCUACGGUAAAUAUAGAUAAAGAAUCGAGUGGGGUAGAACAGCCGGCCACUACCACCACUUUGAUGACCACGACCACUUCAGCUACGAAUGGGUCAGGGGAAUUCGAUAUCGGAGAGCUUUCGUCGAUUGAAAGACUGCGAUUAUGGAGACACGACGCCCUGAUGCAACAUCUUUAUAGUACAGCGGAAUUUGUCGCGAACAAAAUUUAUUCUUUGACAGGGGACCCCAACGAUGCAUUUUGGCUGGCACAGGUGUAUUAUGGGAGGGGAUCUUAUGUGCGUGCGAUAGAACUACUAACGAAGGAUAUGCUCGAAUCCGUCAGUAUUAUGUGCCGUUACCUUUUGGCGCUCUGUCUGAUUAAAUUGCAACGAUACGAUGAAGCGCUAGAUAUUGUGGGUGAGAGUAAUCCCUUUUCGGAGGAUGCAGAUCAGGAUGCCAAGAAACAAAAUGAUGGUGGUAUUAAGUUAGAAUCCUCUCUUUGCUUUCUGCGAGGCAAGAUUUACGCAGCUCAGAAUAGUUUCACAAAGGCAAAAGAAUGCUUUAAAGAGGCACUUUUAGUUGAUGUUAAGAAUUUUGAAGCAUUUGAGGAGCUAACAGCUAAGAAUUUACUUACUCCGCGCGAAGAGUGGGACCUUUUGGAGGCUUUAGAACUAGAUUUCUCGGUUCUUGAUGAUAAUGAAAACUUGAUCAAGGAUCUUUACACUCUGAGACUAUCCAAGUAUUUGAAUGGAGAAAAAGGUUCACAUGCCCGGAAAGAGCUCAUUAGAGAACACAAUCUUGAGUCGAAUGUCGACGUCAUGAGAUUUGAUGUUGAGACUUUUCACACUCAGUGCAAAUUCUCACAGUGUUUGGAUCUUUGUGAAGUUAUACUUGAACGAGACGAAUACAAUUCCAGUAUCCUACCCAUUUACAUCUCAUGUCUCUGUGAACUGGGUGAAAAGAAUAAGUUAUUUCUCUUGUCGCACAAGUUAGCUGAGAACGUCCCAAAGAGUCCAAUUACAUGGUUUUCUGUCGCUACUUAUUACAUGGUAGUGGACAAGAUCGGCGAGGCAAGAAAAUACUUCUCUAAGUCAUCGAUACUUGAUUCAAGUUUCGCGCCAGCUUGGCUUGGUUUUGCUCACACCUAUGCGAUUGAAGGAGAACACGAACAGGCCAUAUCAGCUUACUCUACUGCCGCCAGAUUUUUUCCAGGGAUUCAUCUUCCUAACCUUUUCUUAGGUAUGCAAUACAUGGCUUUGAAUACGUUAUCACUGGCAGAAGAAUAUUUUACUUUAUCAUACGAUAUUUGCCCCCAGGAUCCUUUGCUUCUGAAUGAGAUGGGUGUCAUGUAUUUUAAGAGAAACGAUUUGCAAAAGGCUAAAAAGUUUUUAAAACGAGCCUUAGAAGCGGUCGAAGAGCUAGACCCCACAUCCAAGACGUCAGUGUCCAUUCAAAUGAAUUUAGCACAUGCUUACAGAAGGCUGGGAGAAAACGAAAGAGCCAUCAAAUGUUUCAAGUCGGUCUUAAAAGUUUCCAACAAAAGUUCUGAUACUUAUUGCUCCUUGGGCUUUCUCUACUUGAAGACAAAGCAGCUUCAAAAAGCGAUUGAUCAUUUCCAUACAGCGCUGGCGUUAAGACCAUCAAACUCUGCCGCACAAGAAUUAUUAUUGCAUGCAUUAGAGCUUAACGUCUCUAUGACUCUGGACGCUGAUCACCCGCUCAUGGUCAAUGCCCAAAUUCAGGAAUCAAGCUCAAAUCUGUUUCAAAACUCUAAGAAGCGAGCCCCCGUUGCAUUUGACAUGGUUGGUUUGCCUAAGAAGAUGAAGAUUCCUGGUCAAAUACCUCAGCCAUCCAAUGAUGGAGAGGCGAUGGAGGUCGAAUAG